AAAAAAAAUUGUCUAAAACUUUUAGACAAAAGUUUAAGAUUUUUUCUUAUUAAAAAAAAAAUAAUUCCUACUCCUGUUCCAAAUUUGAAGAAAGUAUUAUUAACCUGGCAACAAUAAAGGGAAGAAAAGAAGAAAUGGCUGAAAUGGGCAAAAAAAAAAUGUUCUCUUUGGAUAUAGAGAUGAGGCCUGCAGGGGGCAGCACCAAGGCAGAGAAAUAGACUAAGACUACUCAGUCCUUUCCUUGGUCUGGGGCUCCCCGCAGUUCCCCACCAUCACUCCUCCCAUUCCUUUCAACUUUAUUUUUAGCUGCCAGUGGGAGGGGGCAGGAUGGGAGGGAAAGUAAAGAAAACAGAAAAAGAGAGGGACAGACAGAGGCCAGAGAACUUCUCAUACUGGACAAAACGAUCAGGCAUGGAGCUCCCCCUCGUCACUCACCUGUGCUUGCCCCUGAUGCUCCUGACAGGUCUCUGCUCCCCCUUUAACCUGGAUGACCAUCACCCACGCCUAUUCCCAGGGCCGCCAGGAGCGGAAUUUGGCUACAGCGUCUUACAACACGUUGUGGGUGGACAGCGAUGGAUGCUGGUGGGCGCCCCCUGGGAUGGGCCUUCAGGCGACCGGAGGGGGGACGUUUAUCGCUGCCCUGUAGGGGGGGGCCACAAUGCCCCAUGUGCCAAGGGCCACUUAGGUGACUAUCAACUGGGAAAUUCAUCUCAUCCUGCUGUGAAUAUGCACCUGGGGAUGUCUCUGUUAGAGACAGAUGGUGAUGGGGGAUUCAUGGCCUGUGCCCCUCUCUGGUCUCGUGCUUGUGGCAGCUCUGUCUUCAGUUCUGGGAUAUGUGCCCAUGUGGAUGCUUCAUUCCGGCCCCAGGGAAGCCUGGCACCCACUGCCCAACGCUGCCCAACGUACAUGGAUGUGGUCAUCGUCUUGGAUGGCUCCAACAGCAUCUACCCCUGGUCUGAAGUUCAGACCUUCCUGCGAAGACUGGUAGGGAAACUGUUUAUUGACCCGGAACAGAUACAGGUGGGACUGGUACAGUAUGGGGAGAGCCCUGUACAUGAGUGGUCCCUGGGAGAUUUCCGAACCAAGGAAGAAGUGGUGAGAGCAGCAAAGAACCUCAGUCGGCGGGAGGGACGAGAAACAAAGACUGCCCAAGCAAUAAUGGUGGCCUGCACAGAAGGGUUCAGUCAGUCCCAUGGGGGCCGACCCGAGGCUGCCAGGCUGCUGGUGGUUGUCACUGAUGGAGAGUCCCACGAUGGAGAGGAGCUUCCUGCAGCACUAAAGGCCUGUGAGGCUGGAAGAGUGACACGCUACGGGAUUGCAGUCCUUGGUCACUACCUCCGGCGGCAGCGAGAUCCCAGCUCUUUCCUGAGAGAAAUUAGAACUAUUGCCAGUGAUCCAGAUGAGCGAUUCUUCUUCAAUGUCACAGAUGAGGCUGCUCUGACUGACAUUGUGGAUGCGCUAGGAGAUCGGAUUUUUGGCCUCGAAGGGUCCCAUGCAGAAAAUGAAAGCUCCUUUGGGCUGGAAAUGUCUCAGAUUGGUUUCUCCACUCAUCGGCUAAAGGAUGGGAUUCUCUUUGGAAUGGUGGGGGCCUAUGACUGGGGGGGCUCUGUGCUAUGGCUUGAAGGAGGUCACCGCCUUUUCCCCCCACGAAUGGCUCUGGAAGACGAGUUCCCCCCUGCAUUGCAGAACCAUGCAGCCUACCUGGGUUACUCUGUUUCUUCCAUGCUUUUGCCGGGUGGACGCCGCCUCUUUCUCUCUGGGGCUCCUCGAUUUAGACAUCGAGGAAAAGUCAUCGCCUUCCAGCUUAAGAAAGAUGGGGCUGUGAGGGUUGCCCAGAGCCUCCAGGGGGAGCAGAUUGGUUCAUACUUUGGCAGUGAGCUCUGCCCAUUGGAUACAGAUAGGGAUGGAACAACUGAUGUCUUACUUGUGGCUGCCCCCAUGUUCCUGGGACCCCAGAACAAGGAAACAGGACGUGUUUAUGUGUAUCUGGUGGGCCAGCAGACCUUGCUGACCCUCCAAGGAACACUUCAGUCAGAACCCCCCCAGGAUGCUCGGUUUGGCUUUGCCAUGGGUGCUCUUCCCGAUCUCAACCAAGAUGGUUUUGCUGAUGUAGCUGUGGGGGCGCCUCUGGAGGAUGGGCACCAGGGAGCACUGUACCUGUACCAUGGAACCCAGAGUGGAGUCAGGCCCCAUCCUGCCCAGAGGAUUGCUGCUGCCUCCAUGCCACACGCCCUCAGCUACUUUGGCCGAAGUGUGGAUGGCCGGCUAGAUCUGGAUGGAGAUGAUCUGGUUGAUGUGGCUGUGGGUGCCCAGGGGGCAGCCAUCCUGCUCAGCUCCCGACCCAUUGUCCACCUGGCCCCAUCGCUGGAGGUGACCCCAGACGCCAUCAGUGUGGUUCAGCGGGACUGCAGGCGGCGAGGCCAGGAGGCAGUCUGUGCGACUGCAGCCCUUUGCUUCCAAGUGACCUCCCAUACUCCCGGUCGCUGGGAUCGCCGAUUCUACAUGAGGUUCACAGCGUCACUGGAUGAAUGGACGGCGGGGGCACGUGCAGCAUUCGAUGGCUCUGGCCAGAGGCUGUCCGCUCGGAGGCUCCGGCUCAGUGUGGGGAAUGUCACCUGUGAGCAGCUACACUUCCAUGUGCUGGAUACAUCAGAUUACCUCAGGCCAAUGGCCUUGACUGUGACCUUUGCCUUGGACAACACCACAAAGCCAGGGCCUGUGCUGGAUGAGGGCUCACCCACCUCCAUACAAAAGCUGGUCCCCUUCUCAAAGGAUUGUGGCCCUGACAAUGAAUGUGUCACAGACCUGGUGCUUCAAAUGAAUAUGGACCUCAGAGGCUCCAGGAAGGCUCCAUUUGUGGUUCGAGGUGGCCGGCGGAAAGUGCUGGUAUCCGCAACUCUGGAGAACAGGAAGGAAAAUGCUUACAAUACUAGCCUGAGUCUCAUCUUCUCUGGAAACCUCCACCUGGCCAGUCUCACUCCUCAGAGGGACAGCACAAUAAAGGUGGAAUGUGCGGCCCCUUCUGCUCAUGCCCGGCUCUGCAGUGUGGGGCAUCCUGUCUUCCAGACUGGAGCCAAGGUAACCUUUCUGCUAGAGUUUGAGUUUAGCUGUUCCUCUCUUCUGAGCCAGAUCUUCAUGAAGCUGACUGCCAGCAGUGACAGCCUGGAGAGAAAUACGACCCUUCAAGACAACACAGCUCAGACCUCAGCCUACGUCCAAUAUGAGCCUCAGCUCCUGUUCUCUAGUGAGUCUACCCUGCACCGCUAUGAGGUUUACCCAUAUGGGACCCUCCCGGUGGGUCCUGGCCCAGAAUUCAAAACCACUCUCAGGGUUCAGAAUCUAGGCUGCUAUGUGGUCAGUGGCCUCAUCAUCUCAGCCUUCCUUCCAGCUGUGGCCCAUGGGGGCAAUUACUUCCUAUCACUGUCUCAAGUCAUCACUAAAAAUGCAAGCUGCACAGUGCAAAACUUGACUGAGCCUCCAGGCCCCCCUGUGCAUCCAGAGGAGCUUCAACACACAAACAGACUGAAUGGGAGCAAUACUCAGUGUCAGGUGGUGAGGUGCCACCUUGGGCAGCUGGCAAAGGGGACUGAGGUCUCUGUUGGACUAUUGAGGCUGGUUCACAAUGAAUUUUUCCGAAGAGCCAAGUUCAAGUCCCUGAUGGUGGUCAGUACCUUCCAGCUGGGAACUGAGCAGGGCAGUGUCCUACAGCUGACUGAAGCUUCCCGCUGGAGAGAGAGCCUCCUGGAGGUGGUUCAGACCCAGCCCCUCCUCAUCUCCCUGUGGAUCCUCAUAGGCAGCGUCCUGGGAGGGUUGCUCCUGCUUGCUCUCCUCGUCUUCUGCCUGUGGAAGCUUGGCUUCUUUGCCCGUAAGAAAAUCCCCGAGGAAGAAAAAAGAGAAGAGAAGUCAGAGCAAUGAAUGUAGAAUAAGGCUCUAGAAAGUCCUCCCUGGCAGCUUCUUCAAGAGACUUGCAUAAAAGCAGAGGUUUGGGGGCUCAGAUGGGACAAGAAGCCGCCUCUGGACUGUGUCCCCAGACCAGCAGCCUGAGUUGACUUUUGAGUCGUAGGGAUGCUGCUGGCUAGUGAUGAAGCCUUACCUCAGACAAGAAGAGCUGGCACCAAAACCAGCCAUGCUCCCACCCUCUGCUUCCCUCCUCCUAAUGAUCCUGGUUCCAUAGCCAACACUGGGACCUUUGUUUGGGGUCCUUUUAUCCCCAUCCCCAGGAAUCAAUAAUUUUUCUGCCUAGGUCCCUGACUCCUUUCAGAUUCCCUCUUUAUCUUCCUUCACAGUUUGGAAAGGAUGAGGGUUAUCUUCCUCGAUUCUUCCACCCUCACCUUCCUGCCUGUUCCCCGCUCCACAGGAGGGAGCUGACGUUGGCUUGACAGGAGUAAAGUCAACAUCUGCUGCUUUCCUGUGGAUUCUGGUGAUUCAUAGAGCCGGAUGGGGAGUCAACAGGAAAAAAGGAGGGAGGAGGAAAAGCCACAAGAGACAUUCUGUACAAUUCCAAGGAACAGAGAAGCCUUUAGACGGGCAACUGCCAUCCCCCCUGAAACCUGAGAGCUGCGGUGCCCUUGCCCGCCCUCAGGUGUUGGGGAAACAGAGCUGCCCCAGGCUCCCUGGGCAUAGGCUUUCUGACUCCAAGCCUUUUCUGGGAGCAAAGCCAGAGCCUGGUGCCUGAUUUUCUGAAGCCAGGAGCCCUCAGGUGGCUGGAGCUGGAAUAGCAGAGAGGACCAGGUACCUAGGCAGUAUUUUCUCUAUUUCUCUCAAGUCUUACUUGUGAGUCCUCCUUGGGGCCUGCUUAGAAAGCAGACAGACUCAUAGGCAGGUGUUGAACAAUUAGAACACGUGGACACAGGG